UGCUCCACUCUCUGCAUUAUCUGCAAGUUUCAGUGUCAGAGCCCAGCCCAGGAGUGCCCCAGGACCUGUGCAUGGGGUACCUGGAUGGGAUUCCCUUCAUGCCCUACGACAGCGAUCGGCGCCGGAUGGAGCCACAGAUGGCUUGGAUGGAGGAUGGAGCUGAGCCAGGAUAUUGAGAUAGGAACACCCAGAUCAGUGAGGGGAACAGACACGUGGCUGCAACCAAGCUGGAGAGACUGCGGGGCCGAUACAACCAGAGUGGGGGUAUCCACACACUGCAGUGGGUUUAUGGCUGUGACCUCCUGUCUGACAGGAGCGUCCGCGGAUCCCACUGGGAAGGCUACAACAGUCAGGGUUUCAUCUCCCUAACCCUAACCAACCCCUAA